GGGUCUCGAUCAUCGACUGCUGUCGCCAAAUGCAUAUGGAUGGAGGCGGCAAAGGCGGGAGGAGACCCUGCUGUUGCUGAAGGCAUCGACAAGGAGAAGAACUGGAGGCAAGGGUACGUCGACCAUGUCGUCAGAGUGAUGAUGCUCUCUGCGCUCUCUCGCUCGCACGUACUCAAGACAGCGGCUGCAGGGCUCAAGGCAGCCCACGAGAGCUUCACGUUUGUUAGGGGAGACCAAGAGCUUCCGUUGGCUGCAGCCAUGGAGCUGCAUGCGCAGCACAAGUUUGUCACUGGAGUUGUCAAAGGAGGAGGUGCUCCUCAUGCUCAGAGCGGAAGCUUUCCUCUGAACGGGAAGAUGAUGCCUGAGGACGACGCCAAGAGUCAAGUUCAACGAUGGGCUGAUUACGGCUGCAUUGAGGCUGAUGCGGCGCAGGCGUUGAAGGAGUCCAUCGACAGCGUCAACAAGAUUGAUCUCUCUCGUCACUGCUUCAUCCUGCUGGGCGCCACGUCGGAGCUGGGGCCCCUGAAGACGCUGAUGCGCCACGGAGGCACUGCCAUCGGAGUCUCUAGAAACUCUCCCAGCCGCUGGAGGAACCUGCUUGACGUCGUGAAGCAAGGCAGCGGACAGAUCAUUUUCCCUAUGAACAAGGAAGCUCGUGAUGAGGAGCAGAAAUGCGAAGCUGCGGGGUGCGACCUCCUCGUGGAGACGCCGGAGAUUCUGCAGUGGCUCAAGGAGGAGGCUAUUUGCGACAAGUUCGACAGCGUCACUGUGGGCUGUUACUUGUACCUUGACGGGGAGGCUCAUGUCCGAGCAAGUGUGGCCAUGGACCUGAUCGUGACAGGACUUGUUGAGGAAGGAAAGAAGAAGGGAAAGAAAAUCUCAGUUGCUUACCUCGGCUCUCCUUCGACGUGCGUAGCCAUCCCUCAGGAAUGCUAUGAUGCGAGCGUGAAGGCCCAGCACGAUGCUCCUUUCUGGCAGAAGAUGUUGUUCCUCAAACCCAAAGUUGUGGAGAAAGUCACGACGGACACAGGAGAGACGAUUUAUCUCAAUAAUGGUUUCGUUGUGCUACAAGGACCCAACUACGCCCUUGCCAAGACCCUGCAGAUGUGGAGGGCGAUGCUGUUGCGAGAGGAAGAGAAGCUGAUCGUGAGCACAAACAUCGCUCCUGGUAGCAGAACGCUUUCUGUCACUCACAAUACGGUGCUCUCAUCGUGCUUGGACGGUCAGGGUCACUUCAAGCCGCUCCUGACGUUCGAAGCUCCGACGGCCUCAGAGGUUCUCGCGCUCCUGCUGCUCCAUGAUGUGUUUUCAUCGUCCUCGAUUACUCACCCUAGCAAGGCUCUCACCAACCCACUCCUGCUCUUUUCCAAGAAAGCUGUCCAUGGAGGCUUGUGGCGAUCGCCAUGGCAGCCGGAGUCCAUCGGGACCGCUGCG